AUGGUGAUGGUUGCGCAGGAACAAGCAAGGAUGGAAUUCCGUAGAGAGAGGUCUGUGUCGCUGGAUCCUAUGGCUCUGAACAAGCUCUUCGCCUUCAGAGCCAGUCUGCCAGACACCUCCACCUUGCUGGAGGACAGCAAACAGAGGGAGGCAGCCAGGAAGCCGAUUCUACGGGGAAAGGAGAGGGCCUUGUUUCAGAACGCUCAGAGCAGGCUGGAGAGUGCAGGAUGGGAUACAAAGAUGCUGGAGGGUCUGGGGCUGGUGGACAAGGAGACCAUCAAGAACUUAGCGCGGUCCUUCGAGAAAGAUGAAGCGAGACCAAGGAAGACGUGGAGCCUGGGCCCAGUGACCCCCGUGAAGCCUUGCAUUGUAGAUGACACGAUGAUCCGCGAGGAGACGAUCAAAGAUGAUCUUAGCCUGAGGUUCAACGAGCACGGCAUGCGAGAUAUGGAGGAGAACAUUGCAAGGGAGUACAUGGAUACCAACAUCUCAGACGUCUUCCACAAGGAGGACCACGACGUCGAUGCUUUCAAGGACCAGAAGAAGUCGAGAUGGAGUAUGAUCCAGUCGCUAGCAGGGAAACUUGGAAGCUUCUCUCGCAAAUCAGCAGGAGAUUCAUCGUCUUCGAGAACCGACGAUGUGAAACAAAUCUUGAAACCGAACAGAACCGCCAAGAACAGGAUCCUUGCCACCAUCAAAGGACUUCAAACGAACCAAUCCGUGAUGAAGGGACUACUCAAGAUGAGUGUCGACUCUCCAUCUCACAAGGCACAAGAUGUGCUGUGCGAAAUCUCCGAGAAGAGAGUUCAUAUAUCUGGGGGAGUCGAUUUUUCCCGGUUGCUCCUUGAGAAGCCGCUGAAUCAGAUGAAGUUGGAGCUGAACAAAGAUCCGAAGACUUUCAUCAUCAACAUCGACAAGACAAACGACAGUGCUCCGACAAGCGGCUCAAGCAAACACCUUGUUAAGCAGCAGAAAUAUUUCUUUGUUGCAAACAAUUCUCUAAGAAUUCGGAGCUGAGUCCUGGUCUUAUGAAGAGAAAAUCAAUCUCCCGCAGAUAGGCAAACCUUAGACAUGCGCAUCAAGCUGGGGAGACACGUUUACAGACUUCAAGCACCAGUGACAGCAAGAUCACUGUUUACUAUUGGAAUCAUCUGUCAUCUCCACUUACGCUUGUUCACAUACCAAUGCCGACUUCUCUUGCUAGGACUACUCUCAUUCUUGCUUUUUUACUGUUGAUUUGUGUAUGAUUUGAUGUCAAUACUUUCGUUUUAUUAGAAGCAGAGAAAUGAUCUCU